AAAAAAAAGAAGCAUAAAUGAAUUUUUUGUUUUUGUGAUAUUCAUUAGCCAAGAUUUGAUGAUAAGGAAAUCUUUUAUAAUGAUUCAACUGAGGCACAACCUUCGUCUCCAACAGGUCAUACAAAUCAGCAGAGUCAUCAGCCGCAACAACAUCAAAAUCAACAUCAACAACAACAGCAGCAACAGCAGCAACAGCCUUAUCAGAACUAUAACCAGAACCAGAACCAGAACCAGAACCAGAACCAACGGAAUCAACAAACAACUUAUAGCGCUAAAUCUUCAAUCACACCAUAUGAUAAACGAGCAGAUACCUUACAGCCAAACACAUCAAAUCAUAGUGUUACAUUCACCAACAAGCAAUCUCAUCCUUUAUCCACAGGACAGCCACCGAAUAGGGUAUCAGCUACAGUGCCUUUAAAUCAGCCCAAACCUAUAGAGGCGAUGACAACGCCAAACUUCGGUGGCCAGAAUAUGCCCUCGAACCAAAACAGCUCGAACUCAGUGCUUGAGCCUGAAGAUGAUGAUGAUUUGUUCUUCGGUGCUGAUAUUGAGGACACCAAAGCAUCUCAACCGGAAAGUCCUCGCUUUUCGGAUUUUGAUAUUGAAAUGGAUACCACAGAGAUCAUGCCAGAAGAUUCUCCCGUCAGAAUGAAGUCGGGUGAAGUAUCGACAGGAACCCCAGUUUUGAGGCGUUCCGGAUCACUCAAUAGGUCAACGAGCAGUCCUUCUCUAGUGCAGACAACGCCGACGAAAACAUCGACAAAUCCACAGUUGUUUCAGCUACAAGGACAAAAGUCAGUACCGUUCAACAUGCCAACACCUAUCAGUAACAAUGCCAAUAGUGGUCCUGGCGGACAGAAUAAUCAGGUGCACCAAGAUGAUAAUCCUUUUGUUUCCAAGCAAACGUCUUUGACAACGGCCGCAGCAACAAAAUCCAUGUCGUCAUCAUCAUCUUCAAUAUUAUCAACACCACCCUCAUCUUCACCUCGUAACAACGUCACAUAUCAUGCAACGACAUCCCCAUCCAGCAUCAACACUAGACAUUCUCAAAACCCACAGCAGCAGCAACAGCAGCAGCGAACAGGUAGCUCCACAAAAACACAAGGAACCAUGAGCGCGCUCAAGACACCAGCGGCGAAUGGUAAUAGGAAUGUGUUUUUGGCUAAUAGCAUGGCAUCUUCACCAUCAGCAGCAUCACCGCCAUCACCAUCGGCGUCGUCAUAUGGAGCCUUAUCAUCCUUCAAGUUUAGCAAAGCGGCUCCGGGCCAAAAAACGGCAACGACUACUCCAUCAGCCAAUCAGCACGAUAUUCAGUUUUCAAAGGUGGCUCAAGGCACGGGGCUGAAACGGCCUCUAGGCAUGAUCGUCAAGUAAGUGUGCUUUUGUCUAUCGUGAUACUGUGAUUAAGGUUUAGCAUACUGUUAAGGAUGUCUGUUACUU